GAAUAUAUUUUCGGCUCACCGAGUCACGCGUCAGUCGGCGCGCAGCGUUUCACGAAUAACCUCGCAGGACAUAUUCCCCGUUCUGUUUAAAAAUAACGUUCAUGUUCUACAAAUACACGUACAAUCGUCUACAAGGGUGAACGGUGAGACACAGCGCCAGCAGGCGGAAUGAAGUAUGCAGACCCUACCGACUCAGGUAAUCGGCUGCAUCGGGAAGUGCACUUCCGGUUUCAACCGCGAAGAAUUAGACCAGAUCACAGAUAAUAUACACAGAACCCUGUCUCACCCACGAGGCAGAGAAAUUUUCAGAAGGUACUUGGAGAGACGUCAACUUACGGACAACAUUGAAUGUCUGGCGUUGUACGAGACCUGUAACCAAUUCCUCGAGGAAGGAAAGAGUGAUUCGCCAUCGAGAAAGGUACCUCCACUGGAGCUAUUAAUAAACCAUGUUACCAAAGUGAAAGAAAUGGCGGAAGAUUUGGAUGGCGUUCCUGAAAUAGACUGGGCUCUUCUGCGGAGCUUCACGCAGGCUUUGGAUAGCCAGUCAAGGACUGAUCUGCUCUGCGUCUUGGAGGAUACCAAAGACAAAUGUAGGAAUCAUUUGAAAAGCGUUCACGGCAGUUUCAAGAAAUACGUAUCGGAGCCGUGCCCGUUGACCAAAUGAUCAACGAACGAACUCUCUUACUUGUUAACACGCAUUCCUUCGCAUAUCGAUUGUUCCGUAGUCUUAGAAUUAUUAAGACGGAGUGGAAGAGAACGUUUUAUGCACAUUUAUGUAUGACUGCUGGCCUGCGACGUUGAGCGUCACGGAUUAAUGUUACUUCUGUACGUUGCGUCGGUGUCUUUACAUUUAUUUAAACCACAUUUGUAAUUUAAUAAUAAAGUCUGUCAGUUUUC